AUGAAUACAAGUCAAACUCUAACGAUUACUACGAGAUAUGCAUUUGAUUUUCAACUUCUAGCAGAAAUAAUAAAUAAAACAUUACUAUGUCAAAUGGAAUCAUAUAAAUUUUCUGAACAUGAUAUUUUGGAACAAGGAUUGAGUGAUCAAUUCACUAAUCAUGGGAAAAUUCUUGGAAAACUUCCAGAUUUUGGUUCAGUUCAAAUGUCAAGAUGUGCAUUAUCCUCUCUUCAAGAAUACAGUUGUGGACGUGAUUUGAUCUGUCUUGCAUCAAUUUUGAGUGUUUUGAAUACAACAACAAUAUUUAAAAGUUCACCAUCAAGUUUUAAAAGUCCAGAUGGAGAUUUUAUGACAUUAUUAAAUAUAAUGAAUGAAGCUUUAUUAGUUAAACAAUCUGUUCCGGCAUAA